AUGAGCUACCUGGAUGAAGUUCCCUUCCGGGUGACCAGGAGUCUUGACGGGGACUCGGGGGCAGAAACCAAUUUAGUCACGGCCCCGGCCAUCGAGCUCCCUGACUGCGCCGACAUCCUCAUGAGCACCAUGCAUGACUUCUCGCUGGAAAGAAAAGUGCUUUACUGGGUCGAGGUGGCCUCUCAGCAGCAAACCUCCCGGCAUCGGGUCACCUCCGAAGUUGUCCCCACGGCUCCGCCGUGCUGGCUGCUGCUGGUGGACCCCGCCGACAGCUACGUGGGGAGACCACGGGACGGGGCGGUGCGGCGCUGCAUCAGCCUGAGCGCUGCCGACGACGGCUACGGGCACACCAAGGGCAGAGGAGCUUUGUCUGACACCGAGAGCGAGACCUGGCACUCAGAGGAGGACGAGUACUCAGAGGAUGACGAGUACUCCUCGACCUCCUGGGAAGAGAACGACAAGGAUGAAAAAGUUUCCAGGAGGAGAAACGCUGGGAGAGGUCCCACUCUGCGUCCUGGCUUUUACCAGACCAGACCAAAGACAUCGCCCGGCUUGCUGGAGCCCCCACCGGAGAACAACAGCCACAGCCCAGCCAGCCCAGACCCUAGCAAGCAGAGAAGAUCCAUGGUGAUAUUUAACAACAUGAAGAACGAGCUGGAAGCGGCCAGGAGGAAGCUGGCUGCUUUCCUGCAUCCUUUGAACAGAGCCGCUGCGGAGAGCAGAGGGGUCCCGGUGCCACAACCGCUCCCCCAGCGCCCCCGCACCGGCUGCAGCAUCACGUACGGGCCAGCCCCGGACACGUCCCACCUGGGGAUAUUGGUGCCAGCUCCUCCAGCCGUGGCCACGUCGAUCCCCCCGAUCAAACAGCAUAAGCCCACGGUGCCGUCCCUCAGCCCCUACGCCUGCCUCCCCCCUGCCUCCACGCCUGCCUCCUCGCCUGCGCGACCUCUCAGUUCCCACAGAUCCCAGCCGGAUUCGGCGGCUGACCUGCUCGCGGCGCUGAGCCAAGAGGAGCGAGACCUCAUCGAGCCUGUUAUAGCCUUGGGCUACCCCACCCGCAAAGCCAUCCUCACCCUCCAGAAGACUGGAAAGCAAAGCUUAAGUCAGUUCCUGAGCUACCUGGGUGCCUGCGACCGGCUGCUGAAGCAGGGCUACGAGGAAGGGCAGGUGGAGGAGGCCAUGGAAAUGUUCCAGUACUCGGAGAAAAAGGCAGCUGAAUUCUUGCAUUUGUUAGCUCAGUUUAACGAUAUGGGUUUCCAGCAAAAUGAAAUCAAAGAAGUCCUUCUGCUUUGUGGGAAUCAGAGGGAGAAGGCGCUGGAAGAGCUCGUGAUGAAAGCCCAGUGA